CGUACCUCUCACGGGACACAUCCUAGUACUGUAUGGAUAGAUAAUAUAGUCAGUUCCCAGCUUCCCUCCAUGCCAUUGCCAACCACGGCAGGCAGCAUAUGCUUCAAAUAUUCCAAACUGACCAACCCCUUCCUGCACGCCAUAACAAUGUGGCGCCUCCCCACAACUCGACCAUCUCUCCAUUAAAGUAGCUCAGAGUUUGCAUUUUUGAGAGCCAGAGCCUAGCCAGGAGUCGAGGUUGCGAGAUGAAGUUCGGGAAGAGGCUCAAGAAGCAGGUGGAGGAGAGCCUCCCGGGGUGGAGGGACAAGUUCCUGUCGUACAAGCGCCUCAAGGUGCUCGUCCGACUCGUCUCCGGCUCCUCGCCGCACCGUGCCGUGGCAGAGGCCGCCUUCGUGCGGCUCCUCAACGACGAGGUCGACGGGUUCAACGCCUUCUUUCUGGAGCAGGAGGAAGAGUUCGUCAUCCGCCACAGGGAAGUAAGGGAGACGGUGAAGGCAGUGGCCGGCGAGGAGCUGUCAGAGGCGGAGCGUGCGUCGGAGAUGAGGAAGGUGAGGAGAGAGAUCGUGGAUUUGCACGGUGAAAUGGUGCUGCUCCUCAACUACAGCGCCGUCAACUACACAGGGCUGGCCAAGAUCCUGAAGAAGUACGACAAGCAUACGGGGCGGCUGCUCCGGCUGCCCUUCAUCGAGGAGGUUCUCAAGCAGCCCUUCUACACGACGGAGCUCAUGUCAAGGCUCGUCCGCGAGUGCGAGGAGACCAUGGAGGCUGUGUUCGCCUCCGACAACAGUGGUGGCCCGUGGACGAGGAAGCGCUGCACCGACACUGAGUUGACUCCCAUGGCAACGGAGCAGGGCAUUUUAAGGAACACCGUCGCGGCGCUGGUGGCCAUGAGGGAGCUCCGCAGUGGGAGCUCGACGUACGGACACUUCUCGCUGCCACCCUUGGAAACGGAGACCACCUUGACGGAGCACGUGUCCAUCCCGGUUGCCGAUCUCGUUCAAUCUGAGGCACGUGGUGUUGUUCCGGUGGUUUGACAGUAUGUAAAAUUAAUUGUAGCUAUACAUAUGUUUUGAUGGCCGCUUACCGGCGUCAGAUUGUAUGAUACGAGUAAUUUAUAUUGCGGGUCUUUUUAUGGGUAUGGCUAGGUUUCAGUCGAGUAAUUUAUAUUGCGGAUCUUUUUAUGGGUAUGGCUAGGUCUCAAUUUUGCACAUAUAUCAAUGUAAGAUCUCAUGAGUACAACGUCGAGACUUAA